UGUAAUAUGGCGUCAAAUGGGUCGAAUGCAGACGCGUAGGGUGCCCCAAAAACUCACGAAAACAGCGAGUUUACGUUUCUUUGCAUUGCAAAACAUUAUUUUUUAAGUAGCAUUAAUGGUAAUGCAUGCAAGGAAACAACCAAGACUCAAUGAUGGGUUUGCUGACAGAAAGGACACCCAUCUGCAUCAGAACAUGCAGUACCAGUCCAAAGGUCUUGGGGGAUUGUUCAGCGACAGGUAUGAGCGAAGUGGACGGGACUCUCAUGAUGACCGAGCCAGAGAAGAUGUCCCUGGCAGCCAUCCGAGUCCCCGAUAUCAGAACAAGUCUUCUUAUAUUGAGAGGAAUAAAGAGAAAAGAGGUGGACCCAGUGGUCAGUGGGAGAAGAGCAACCACCAAAUGUCAUCGUCCACAAGCACCAGUAGCAGCCGAGGAGGGGGAGGGGGGAAUGGACAAGGCUACAGUGGAGCAGGGAGCAGCAGUCAAAACAAUCAUGACAGACCCUUCAAGAAUGUCUCCAAGGAUCAGAAGGACACCAAGGACAGAGCGGAGGUUCAGAAGUCGGCAGUACGAGUGUUUGGAGACUGGUCUGAACACAUCAGUUCCUCCAAGAAACGAUACUACUACAACUGUAGAACUGAAGUCUCUCAGUGGGAAAAACCAAAGGAAUGGAUUGAUAGCCCUCGAACCCCAGACAACAGCAGAUCAAAGGAUGGACGGAUUCCUGGCAAGCCGUAUACAUCCUCUUCUACAACCUCCUCAAGUAGAGCCAAUGACGGGGCAAAACAUUCCUCAAGUGGGGAACGUGAGAGACCAGACAAAUACCCCCGAAGUAAUUCAGACUCUUCUGUCAAACACUCUGAAAAGUUCUCCCCAACAGACAGACCCAAAAUUGUGUACUCUAAAGACGUGUCGAACACAGCUUCCCUUAGGACUAGUAACUUAUUACAGAGGGCAAACUCCACCUCUGAUAGCUCAGCAUACAAGGAGGGCUAUACGGAUCAUAGAAAAAACAAUUAUCCUUACUCUUCUGUGGACCCUAUGCGUCGGCGUCAGAGACAUGAGAGUGAGAGUAGUCGGUCCUCAAUAGGACACACAACACCACAGAAAAAUGAUGAUUCUAAUCAUGCAGACGACAUGGAGAUCUCUCCAGGUAGCACUCCCACCAGUACACGUGGAGUCAAGGCAUCAUCAUGUACAGCUGCCCUGCAGACUUUACAGAAGUUACAGGAGGCUCUCAACAUGCACAUAGCUCGCACCCAACAGAAUUGGGCACAAAACAAUCUCCCCCAACAACACUCCAGUCCUCAACAACAUCCACAACAACAAUCACAUCAACUGCAGAAACAUAACCAAGGUAACCAGCAACAUCCGCAACAUUCGGCUACAUCCUCGUCCUCCCACUACCCCAACCCAGAGAACGGAGGUGGAGGGGGACACGAUAGCCCUAUUUCGGAUGUCAGUCCAUGUCACAGCCCCACUACAAGUACCACCAGUUCUCAGAACCUCCCUGUUGCCACGAGUGCACUCUCUGGAGCAUCCAUCAAGAAAGAUAACUCUGUUGAGUUGACACCGUCACUCAGCAACUACUACAAUGAGAAACUUAUUGGUCACGUCCUGGGAUGGCAGGCUGAUCAUGCUGAACGUCAGGCCAAUCGUUACAUGGAGGAAGCACUUAAUGUGGGAAGUCUUCACUGUAGUCAGGUGUCGGUGGAACUGAAGAAAGCUCGCUCCCUUGUGCGGGUGGCUGAGAUACAGUCCACACUACAUGAACAAAGGAUACUGUUUUUGGAUAAACAAAUAAGUGAAAUUGACAACUUGAAGCCGGGUACAACAUUCUUACCAUCCUGACACUGAGCUGAGGACUGAGGGAAGGGGUCAGAGGUCAAGCAUGUCCAGCAUGUCCAGACGAGCGCUGUUCUGAAGCUCCUGACUGCUUCUAUCAACCCUAGAGUUGAGAAAAGUAGCAGUCGUAUGUUGUGGGUCGGGAGUCGACAGUCAUAUGUGUCGAAGUGCAACUGGGAACACUGUUAGACUGGAAGGGCUUCUUGUAGAAGAGGUCUGUGGGUAAUAGGUCAGAGGUGAAGGCUGCAGCAUAGCGUCCAAGAUAUAUGUUAAGGUUAUGCUUUGAUUAAUGUUUGUUGAUUUAUUAAGAAUUGUUCGUCUUAUGUUGUGCACUGAGAAACUUGAACCAAAGAUGUUAAUAAGCAAGGAGAUGUCAGUGUACAAUAAGCUCAACAUUUGCCUACCAACCAGUUGCUCAUGGUGCAAAUAGCUGCAAAAUUGCUGACCAGGCAUUAAGCACUCACUUAGUUGCAAUUGAAGCAUAUUUUGUAUGUUUUUUCCUCUUUCCUCGCCUCAUUAAGAAUGUUUUGCACCAAGUUUCAUCCGUUAAAGUCAUUGUACUAAUCACAAAUGUUAAAUGCCCAAUCUGAUAUGGGCUGUUUGUGUAGUUGUGCCAUCAUUGACGCCUUCCAGCAGUAACACGUAGAACAAUAAAACUGGAUGCAGCCUCACCCACAUGACCACCCACCAAACAGGAACCUAUAUCUACACAGCCCAGUUGUUUUAGAUUUUUAAUUUAAUUCUUGUUGCGUUGUUCUUCAGCAGUGAAACAAACCAGCAUCUUUUACAUAAUUUCUGGACUUGCAGACCAACAGUGGACUCACCAGACUUUGUUAUUUGAUUACAUUUCUUGUGCUAGUGAUAUGUUUAUUUCGAUGGCUGCUGCUGCUAUUUAUGGGUGUGACUCAGCACGGGUCUGUACAAGACACCUAGCUAAGCGUGGCAGAAAGUAACUUUUAACCUUUCUGGUCUGUUUGUGCUAUCUGUGCUGGCUAGCGGCUGGAGCAUCCCUUCCCCAGUGCUGAUCCUGGCUGGCAUCGCAACAUGUAAUUUAUUUAUACAGGUUAAUCUCUAACUGACAAGUUUGAGUGGAUUGCCAUUUUCCAAAGAGUUCUACCAGUUAACAGUUAUAUCCAUUAUACUUGUCCGUGUUUCAAGUUUGGCAGAUUUUUGGGAUUAUUUUUUCACUACCCCCUCCUCCCCAUAUUUUCAAAGGGAAUUGAAUUAUUUCAAUCUUUUUAGAAUUUUUUUAUUUCAAAAUCAUUUGAUAUAACUUUGAUUUGUUUGAAAAUCCUGUAGAAAUGUUCUUAAUGUGAGUAAUUAUAUAUCCAGAUACUUUAUGAAGAAUAUUGUGGAUGGGAUUUAGACAAGACACCUUUGACUACAUUUUGUUAACUCAAGAGAACCUGUUUCACCUGACAUUGGUUAUGAUUCACUUUCAACUCCUUCAACGUUUUGUUCCAACUCUAAGUGAUCUGGUUGCAUAAGCGGUUAUCUUCAAAAAUAGAUAUUGCAUCAAGUUUCCUCUUGAAGCAAUGUCUUGUACAUUAACAUGUAUUAGUGAUUAGUGGUCAAAACUAGAAUUAAAGAUCUAUUUAAUUGAAUUCUGUUUAGACUUUGUUCUUUUUGGUACACUAGACUCUGAAAUAACCAAAGGUGGAAAUACAGAUGUCUGUUUUCACAUUAAUUAAGUGUGCUUAUUUGUGUGACAGCUGAACAAUAUCCGAUUGUCACAUCUUUUUUUCUGCAUCCUUUUGUUCAUGGGAACAAACAGAAGUAAAAUGAUUGCUGUGGGAGGAUUGUGAUGGCUGUAUGGUAGGAGAAUGUAUUUGGAUCAUUUGUAAUCUUUCCAUUGUGCCAAAUGUGGAUUUGAGGGCAAUGUCUUAAGCACAUGAUUCUUCAAAACAAAACUGAUACACAACUAAAUUUUCUGUAGCAUCCAAUUGUCGUCAGGACUUCUGUUAUCACUCGAGGUCAUCUGAAUUAUUGUUAUUAUUAUUAGUGACAUGGUAUUGAUAUACACAGGAUGCUUUUCACAAUACAGAUUAUUAGAUCAGGUUUAUACAUCACUGGAACUCAUUUCUUCAAUAUUGAAGCAUGUUUGUAUUUUAAAUGAUAUGGUAGUUUUGGUGCAUCCUCACAGCUUCAAGAUGACUUGAAAUGGCACUAUUGUUCUUCCAGUAUUUCAUAUUUCUAUGUAGUGACUUUGUCCAUAAUUUAUUUUCGACAAUAUUGCCAUAUAAUCCUGCACUAUAGAAGCAGAAAUGUCUCAAAAGUUAGUGGUUUUUGUAAGGGGUUCAACUUCAUGCUAGCCUGGUAGCCCAUCAGUUUUUUAUUUUGUGGGUAGCCUUUAAGCUAGUUGAAAUUCUUUCUGCUUGGUCAACUAUGAAGUGAAGUUUGACAGAUUAUUCUUGAUCGUGAUGCUUGGUUUGUCAGCAUCAGUGUCCAUGCUAAUGUUAUGUAGAUGGGUUUCAAGGAUGUCCUCCCACAUGCUGAUCAACUGAAAUACUGUUAAAAGAAGCAUUGAACUUCAACUCACUUUCCUUCUUACCCCUUUUUGGCACAGUAUAUCUGGAACAUAUCUCAUGAGUCAUGUAUGAAAGUUGUUUUCCUUCUUUUUAAAUAACCAAGAAUGAUCAGUUGAAAAGCAUAAUUUAGCCAACUUAAUUUCCAGUAAGAAUUUCUGCCAAAUGGUGGUCAGUUUGGUCAUGUACUUGGUUGCAUGCCAGUGUUUGAAAUUUAGUAUGAUAGCCAAGGGGCCCUCAUGACCCUGAUGUUAAAAUUAGGGUCUCCUGGAUUCAAAUACAAAAGGAGCCUGCUCUCAAGGACCAUCCCCCCUUCUGGCUUAAUUAUGAUCAGUCCAUGAAACGAGUGGGGUAUGAGUAAAUUACACAAUUGUUCGCUCCUAUGGAUUGUGAUGGGCUUUGACCUUGGUAUUAUCUGCUGUAACGGGUCCCUGCGUUUGUCGCUGAUAAUUUUUUUAUGUUUCCAAUUGUUUAGUAGUUCAACCUUUUGAGACUUUUCUGCUUCCUCACCUCCUUUGGAUCACUGAAUUGAUAUAUUGAAAAUAAAACCACCAAGUUGUUGCUUUUGACUAAUAUUGACUAUUAUACAUGUGUAUUUCAUAACCAUUUGAAGUAAACUACAUAGUGACUAAUAUACUUUUCCUCUUCAAAAUUAAUACUGAGUUUGUCAGUUCGGUACUUUCAUAUCAUUUCCAUUCCGACUGAGCCACCCAUAUAUUGUAAUUCCUAAGCCAUCAUGUUAAAUUACAUUUUGUCAAUGUUGCCAUUUUCAAUAUCAUUGUACACAAAAAACAUUAAUCGUUGAUAAGUGCAAAUGUGUAAUAUAGCCCAUGGUAUGUUUCCCCAGUGCAAGGUCAUUAUGUCAGCUCCCAGUAUGGAGAAGUCGAUGUGACUCAAGCUACUCUGAUGUUCAGUGUUGUUUGAUUUGGUUGAGAUACUGCUCCACAACCAAUGCAAUGUGCAACCUAUGAAGCUACUAUUGUACAUAGUGUAAAUGGAAGCCUUUGUAAGCUCUUGCUGGUUCUAGCAACUUUUGUAAAAAGUAAGAUUAUAAGAUGAAGAUCUCUGUACAGUUUGUGUAUACUUCUCCUGGCUUACGCUUGUGAUUUUAGUGAGGUGGGCGAGAGUGGAAGACUGACUGGUAACAGUUGGGCGAUGUAUGGAUGUAGCUAGGUGUCUGUUUCUAAACUAUAUGUUAGCAAUGGUUGAAAUAAAACCAGUAACUAAAUAA